GACGUCUGUGCUGAUCUGUUUUGUGACUUUUGUGGUGUUCCGUGUUGUGUAUUUUUUCAUUUUUGCACUUGGCCAAAAAAAAAUGGAUGAUAUCUAUUUAUUUUAUUUGGCUUUUAGGUAAAUAAAAUGGGCAAUGCUGGGAGUAAUCAACCAAAAGAAUGGCACAAGGAUCACACAACAAAACAGCCGGAUGUAGGUUCAUCAUCGCCAGCUAAGGAAGGUGAAGCUUUCACUUUUGAUAAAAAAAUUGACGAAGAUAGAAAUGUUAAGGAGGAAGACAAUAACAUAGAGGACGGAGCUCCAUAUUACACGAAAGCUGUGCCUGAACAUGAUGUAGAAGAGACUGUGAUGCGAGAAAGAUCUAACACAUUGACAGAGGAAAAGGUAGCUGAAGACGUGAAGGUGUUACCAACAGUAUUUAAAUGGGAUGGAGGCGGUAAACAGGUUUUCAUUAGUGGAACUUUCACUGAUUGGAAAACUAUUCCUAUGGUGAAAUCUCAUGGUGAUUUUGUGACUAUAAUUGAUCUGCCUGAAGGGGAACAUCAGUACAAGUUCUUUGUAGAUGGAGAGUGGAAGCACGACCCUACAGUUAAACUUGUAGACAAUGGAAUGGGCUCUAAGAAUAAUUUAGUAACAGUAAAAAUGUCUGACUUUGAAGUGUUUCAAGCUUUGGCCAAAGACAGUGAAGGAGUACGAAGCAGUGCACAAACAGAAUAUUCUCAGGAAAUACCCCAGUCCAAGCCCUGGGAGAAAAUAUUUGGUCCACCAAUUCUGCCGCCACAUCUUUUACAAGUGAUAUUAAAUAAAGACACUCCACUAUCAUGUGAACCAACCCUACUGCCGGAACCAAAUCAUGUGAUGUUGAACCAUUUGUAUGCCUUAUCAAUCAAAGACGGUGUUAUGGUGCUCUCUGCGACACAUAGAUACAGAAAGAAGUAUGUCACAACUCUCCUCUACAAGCCCAUAUAAAUAGUGAAAAAUUAUUACCUAGUAGUUAAAUUAAUAAUUAAAAAUGCUGAUGUGAUUAUUUUCAUAAUACGUUGUAGAUAAUGUCCUAACAUAGAGAAAUAAUUUAUUUGAAAUUGUGCAAUAUAUUUAAUAUAGCUUU